AUGGGGAAAAUGAAUCAUCAAUACUUGCCUUUAUUCCUUGCCACUUGUUUGUUCUUCAUUUCUCUUUCUCAAACAUCCUCUAAUACUUCCUCUCAUCAUCAUUGCCUCUCUGACCAAAGUGCUCAUUUGCUGCAACUAAGGCAAGAAUUUGUUGAAAGGAAUUAUUCUGAUUACUAUGAUUACUAUAAUGGUUCUUAUCCAAAGAUGAAGUCUUGGAAGGCAGAUAGUGAUUGUUGUUCCUGGGAUGGGAUCACAUGCGAUACACAGAAUGGUGAUGUGAUUGGCUUAGACCUGAGCAACAGUUGGCUUUAUGGGCCUCUCAACUCUAACAGCAGUCUGUUCAGUUUGCGUCACCUUCGGAAACUCAACCUUGACUGCAACAACUUCUCUUCCUCCACAAUCCCAUCUGAAUUUGGCGAGCUUGUGAGGUUGACCCAUCUCAACCUCUCUUUUUCCUUCUUACAUGGCCAAAUCCCUUCGGAAAUUUCACGGCUAUCCAAUUUGGUUUUACUUGAUCUCUCUUCCAAUUAUUUUAAACACUUCGUUGGUGGUGAUUAUUAUUAUAAAAUGUUGCAUCUCAGAAGAAUUCAUCUUGAAGCACUUGUCCAGAACAUGACGAAUUUGAGAGAACUUCAUCUAGACUAUGUGAACAUUUCAACAUCGCUACCUCAAUCCCUGGCAAAUUUGUCAUCUUUGACUUCUCUUACUCUGUUUGACUGCAAUUUGCAAGGUGAAUUUCCCUCGAAUAUUUUCCUACUGCCCAAGAUACAAUCCAUUGAUUUGUCAUAUAACUAUGAACUCAUUGGUUUUCUUCCCAAAUUUCAAUAUCGUAGUUCCCUAAAGAAAUUGCAUCUCCGUGCAACAAAUUUUUCUGUAGAAUUUCUCAAUUCUAUGGACAACCUUGGGUCCUUGAAUGUUUUGGAUCUUUCUAAAACAAAUUUAUUUGGGGAAUUUCCCAAUUCAAUCAGUAACCUCAAGUCCUUGAAUUAUUUGGAUCUUUCUUAUACAAAACUUUUCGGAGAAUUGCCUAGUUCAAUCAGCAAACUCAAGUCCUUGAAUUAUUUGGAUCUUGGUUCAAGUAAUUUUUCAGGGGCAAUUCCCCCUUCUAUUGGAAACCUAUCACAGCUUACUCAUCUUUCUCUCUCAUAUAACAAUUUUCAUGGUCAGCUUCCAUCUAUAUUGGGAAAUCUUACACAACUAGAAUUCUUAAGCCUUUCAAAUAACAAUUUUGACUGCAGCUUCCCAAUUUGGCUAACAAAUAAUACUAAACUCCGUUCAAUAGAUUUCUGGGAAAAUCAAUUAAAAGGGCCAAUCCCAUCCGAAAUAUGUAGACUUCCUAAUUUGACUUACCUUGACCUGUCAUAUAACUCACUCACAAAGACCAUUCCCUCGGUUUUGUUUACAACCCCUUCAUUGUCUACACUAUACCUAGAUCACAAUCAGCUCACUGGCCCUCUCAAAUUCCAAAAUAUCUCUACAUCACCAUUAAAGGUCUUGAGUUUGAGUGAAAACAAAUUGAAUGGAUCAAUUCCAAGGUCAAUUGCCAAUUUCACUAAGCUACAAUGUCUAUAUCUUUCUUCGGUCAACCUAAAGGGCAAGGUGGAGCUAGACAUUUUCUUUGAGCUCAAAGAGCUUCAAGAUCUUGAUCUUUCAGGUAACAAAGUAAUGGUUUCAAAAACAAAUAUCCCUUCAACCAUCCCCAAAUUUUCAUAUUUGCUUUUGUCUUCUUGCCAUUUGCUUGAAUUUCCUAAAUUUCUAGAAGCCCAAAAUGAAUUGCAAACUUUGGAUCUUUCCAACAACAACAUUGAAGGUAAAAUACCUAAAUGGUUUUGGAAUGUUGGAAAAGAGACAUUGGGUUACCUAAAUCUUUCUUUUAACCUUUUAAGCAAAUUUGAGCAUCCACCAGUAGUUCUUCAAUGGAAAAAUAUGUACCUUUUAGACUUGAGUUCCAACAUGUUGCAAGAGUCAUUUCCUAUUCCCCCAUUGUCUAUAAAUUAUUUUUUUGCGUCAAAAAAUAAUUUUACCGGAAGUAUCCCACCAAUGAUUUGUAAGGUGCAUGCUUUGGAGGUUCUUGAUGUGUCAAAUAACCAAUUGAUUGGUCAAAUUCCACAAUGUUUGCUUCACUCAAGCAACUCUCUAGUAUUAUCUAUGAGAAAUAACCACUUCCAAGGAAACUUGCUUGAAACAUUCAUAAAUGGAUGUAGUUUGAGGACACUAGACUUGAAUCACAACCAAAUAGAGGGGAAGAUUCCACGAUCUUUAGUUAAAUGUCAAAUGCUAGAAGUUUUGAAUCUUGGAAACAACAAAUUGAAUGAUGCAUUCCCUUUCUGGUUGGAGUCUUCAUCAGAGUUAAAGAUUCUUGUCUUGCGAGCUAAUGGAUUCUAUGGUCCUAUAUGGGAUCCUAGUAUAAAUUUUAGCUUUUCCAAGCUGCAUGUCAUUGACCUCUCUCACAACAAUUUCUCUGGCAAGUUACCAUCCGAGUACUUUCAAAACUGGAGUGCAAUCCUAGACAAAAACUCAUCACAAUCAGGGUACAUGGGAGCUGACUCCUAUUAUUACAAAGAUUCAAUGUCUUUAGUGAAUAAGGGAGUAGAAUUGAAAUUUGAAAAAAUCUUGACCAUCUUCACUGCUAUUGAUCUCUCUAACAAUAGGCUUUGUGGAGAAAUUCCAGAUAGUGUGGGGAACCUCAAGGCACUAAUUGUACUUAAUUUAUCAAGCAAUAACUUUAUGAGCCAUAUCCCAUCAUCAUUGGGAAACCUAGUUGCGCUUGAAUCUUUGGAUCUUUCUCGAAAUAGCCUCUUUGGUGAAAUCCCUCAGGAGCUAACAAGUCUCACAUUUCUAGAGUAUUUAAACCUCUCUCAAAAUCAACUUAGUGGUCCAAUUCCACAAGGUCGGCAAUUUUUGACAUUUCAAAGUUCCUCUUUUGAGGGAAACUUUCGAUUGUGUGGCUUUCAGUUGUCGAAGAAAUGUGGAAAUAAUGAGAUACCAAAUUCUGAAAUGAGACAUGAAUCAUCAUUGGGAGAAGGAUUUUGUUGGAAAGUGGUAGUGAUAGGAUAUGCCUGUGGAUUGGUAAUUGGAUUGGUUACUGAACAUAUCAUCACCUUAAGAAGGAUAAAUUGGCUUGUGAUAAAUUUUGGAGUGAACAUACGUAGGUGA